CAGUGCGCAGGCGCAGCUUGUCGACUCUCUCGCCCCAGCGCUCUGGCCCAGCUCUCGCGGACAAGUCCCGACUUCGCGCGCCCCCUCUCCGGGACCGCCCCCUCCUCCCUCUCGGCGUCGUCGAAGAUAAACAAUAGUUGGCCGGCGAGCGGCGAGUGUGUCUCCCGCCGCCGGAUUCGGCGGGCUGCGUGGGACCGGCGGGAUCCCGGCCAGCCGGCCAUGGCGGGGCUGUACUCGCUGGGAGUGAGCGUCUUCUCUGACCAGGGCGGGAGGAAGUACAUGGAGGACGUUACUCAGAUCGUGGUGGAGCCCGAGCCGACGGCUGAAGAAAAGCCGUCGCCGCGGCGGGCGCUCUCGCAGCCGUCGCCUGCGCGGCGGUCCCUGGCCGCUCUUCCAGGCAGCGAAGUGUCGGGGAAAGGCCCAGCGGCGGCAGCCCGAGACGCUCGCGACCCUCCCCCGGACGCCGGGGCCUCACUAGCGCCCGGCCGCUGCUGCCGCCGCCGUUCCUCUGUUGCCUUUUUCGCGGUGUGCGACGGGCACGGCGGGCGGGAGGCGGCACAGUUUGCCCGCGAGCACUUAUGGGGUUUCAUCAAGAAGCAGAAGGGUUUCACCUCGUCGGAGCCGGCGAAGGUUUGCGCUGCCAUCCGCAAAGGCUUCCUUGCCUGUCACCUCGCCAUGUGGAAGAAACUGGCAGAAUGGCCGAAGACUAUGACAGGUCUUCCUAGCACAUCUGGGACAACUGCCAGUGUGGUCAUCAUACGGGGCAUGAAGAUGUAUGUAGCUCACGUGGGUGAUUCUGGGGUGGUCCUUGGAAUUCAAGAUGACCCGAAGGAUGAUUUUAUCAGAGCUGUGGAGGUGACACAGGAUCAUAAGCCAGAACUUCCCAAGGAAAGAGAACGAAUUGAAGGACUUGGUGGCAGUGUCAUGAACAAGUCUGGGGUGAACCGUGUAGUUUGGAAAAGACCUCGGCUCACUCACAAUGGACCUGUUAGAAGGAGCACAGUUAUUGACCAGAUUCCCUUUCUGGCAGUAGCAAGAGCACUUGGUGAUUUGUGGAGCUAUGAUUUCUUCAGUGGUGAGUUUGUGGUGUCACCUGAACCAGACACAAGUGUCCACACUCUUGAUCCUCAGAAGCACAGAUAUAUCAUCUUGGGGAGUGAUGGACUUUGGAAUAUGAUUCCACCCCAGGAUGCCAUCUCAAUGUGCCAGGACCAAGAGGAUAAAAAAUACUUGAUGGGUGAGCCUGGACAAUCUUGUGCCAAAAUGCUUGUGAAUCGGGCACUAGGCCGCUGGAGGCAGCGUAUGCUUCGGGCAGAUAACACCAGUGCCAUAGUAAUCUGCAUCUCUCCAGGAGUGGACAAUCAAGGACACUUCACCAAUGAAGAUGAGCUCUAUCUGAACCUGACUGAUAGCCCUUCUUAUAAUAGUCAGGAAACCUGUGUGAUGACUCCUUCUCCAUGUUCUACACCACCAGUCAAGUCUCUGGAAGAGGAUCAAUGGCCAAGGCUGAACUCCAAGGACCAUAUACCUGCCCUUGUUCGUAGUAAUGCCUUCUCAGAGAAUUUUUUAGAGGUCCCAGCUGAGAUAGCUCGAGGGAGUGUCCAGGCUGUAGUUAUACCCUCAAAAGAUCCAGAGCCACUUGAAGAAAAUUGCACUAAAGCCCUGACUUUAAGGAUACACGAUUCUUUGAAUAAUACCCUGUCAGUUGGCCUUGUGCCUACAAAUUCAACAAAUGCCAUCUUGGACCAAAAAAACUUAAAGAUGUCAACUCCUGGUCAAAUGAAAGCUCAAGAAGUUGAAAGAACCCCUCCAGCGAACUUUAAAAGGACAUUAGAAGAAUCCAACUCUGGCCCCCUUAUGAAGAAGCAUAGACGAAAUGGCUUAAGCCGAAGUAGUGGUGCUCAAUCUGGAAGCCUCCCCACAACCUCACAGCGGAAGAACUCUGUCAAACUCACCAUGCGACGUAGACUUAGGGGCCACAGAAAAAUUGGAAAUCCUUUACUACAUCAGCACAGGAAAACUGUUUGUGUUUGCUGAAAAGUAUCUGGGAAUUGAGGUUUUUCCAAAUUUAUGAUAUAAGAGGGCUUUUUAGAUUUGGCACCGAAGUUGAACUUUUUUAAGGGGACAAAAUAAAAAGAGUAUACAGUUUGACUUUUUGGAAUUUAACAGUUUUAUCCUGGCCUUGUAUUUGCUUGUAUUAUAAAUGUGAAUUUUGUAGAUGUUAGGGUAUAAGUUGCUGUACACUGUGUGUAAAUUUGUAUCCUUCACACAAACUCAGUCUCUUAUUCUGAUACACAGUAAUUGUGACAACAGGGCUAAAUGUUUUAAAAAAAUCAAAAGAAUCUAUUAGAUUUUAGAAAUACAUUUAAACUUUUUAAAAUGCUUAUUAAAAAUUUGUACAAGCCACUUGUGAUGAAAACAACACAACUUUUUAAAGUAAAUUAUUAAGCAGACUGGAAGAAUGAUGUAUUUUCAUAGUGACCUGUGUUCCACUUAAUGUUUCCUAGAGACUACUCGUGUCUUUUAAAAAGUAUUUUUUAUUUCUAAUUUCAUAAUUCAGAACUAAAUUUUUCAUAGAAGUGUUGAGCCAUGCUAAAAGUAGCUGGAUGUUAGUUUCCUUGUCCUAAUUAAAACACUGUGCAGUAUCUUUUACUUCAUUAGCAUUUUUCUAAAACAUUAACCAUCAGAUAUACUCACUGAAUCUUGGUGUGUGUUUGCCUAAAACAGUGCCCUUCUCAGUCUUCCCAGACCAGUGGCAUUAUUAGUUCUUUAAAUAGUUAUCCCCUUUCUAGUGUUUGCUUAAAUAUGUGAAGUUUUUCUUGCUAUUUCAAUAACAGAUGGUGCUGCUAAUUUCCAACAUUUCUUAAAUUAUUUUGUAUCGUACAGUUUUCAUUGAUUAUAUGAGUAUGUUUGUUCAUCUAAUAAAUCAGUGAGCUGUUCUUCAUGUAA